UCAGAUCAGUGGCCCCACUCUCCUUUCCUCCAUACAUCUGACCAGCCAGGAAGCCGGACACAAAAGCAAGCUGGUGGGUUCGUGAUGGCGCCAUGGACCAGUCCACUGUUGGGCUUGCUGCUGCUGGCCGCGUUGUGCCACUGCUUGGAGCCUGCCAGCUCCACAGAGGAUGUACAACCUUUACCACCCAAGGGAGCUUGCAUCAACUGGAUGGGGGGUGCCCCAGGCCACCCUGGCUACAAUGGGUCUCCAGGCCGGGACGGGAGAGACGGUAUCAAUGGUGAGAAGGGGGAGAAAGGAGAUGCAGGUCUGCUGGGUCCCAAGGGUGAUGCUGGUGAAAUGGGUGCUCCAGGAGUUGAAGGUCCCAGGGGAUUUCCUGGACUUCCAGGGAAGAAAGGGGAACCAGGAGAGGCAGCCUACAGGUACCGCUCAGCCUUCAGUGUUGGGCUGGCCACCCGAGCCCCAGUCCCCAAUGUCCCUAUCCGCUUCACCAAGAUUUUCUACAAUGCACAGGAUCACUACGAUGUCACAACUGGCAAGUUCCGCUGUAAUUUCCCAGGCUUGUAUUAUUUCUCCUACCACAUCACAGUAUAUAUGAAGGAUGUGAAGGUCAGCCUCUUCAAGAAGGACAAGGCAGCCAUAUUCACCUAUGACCAAUUCCAAGACAAAAACGUCGACCAGGCCUCAGGCUCUGUACUAUUGUACCUAGAGAGUGGGGAGGAAGUCUGGCUCCAGGUGUAUGGGGAUGGAGAGCAGAAUGGCCUCUACGCAGAUAAUGUUAAUGACUCCAUUUUCAGUGGUUUCCUUCUUUAUCACGAUGCUGAUCAAUCUUGACCUCGGGGAGCACCAGAGAAUCCACUCAAGAGUCUACCUUGAGACAAUGCCAACUUUCACAACUCUGAUCUUAGAUUAUACAAGAGUUUGGCUUUAUUUCCUAAUUUGAGACACUGAAUCUUAUUCACUCACUCACUCAUUCAUUCACUCAAUACAUUUUGGGGGUACCUGCAUUUGCUAGGUGCCCAGCCCAGUGUCGGGUGUUGUAGGAGAGACAAGGAAGUCUUGUAGUCUCAUGGGGAACUCACAGUUUAGUUGAGGGGAAUCAAGAUUUAAAUGCAUUAAAAACCCCCACUAAAAUGCAAGAGUGUCGAGUCAUUGGUAGAGAGAUGAAGACAGGUAUCCAUGGCCACUCUGAGGCCUCCUUCUAAUAGGAAAUGUUUUCUCUUCUUCACAAUGGGCAUAGGUGAUCAAGGGCCACCAUGAAUAAUGUCCUGCUCUAACAACUUCCCCCUCGGAGAAGAUAGCUUCAUCCUCCACUCCUAAUUCUCCCAUUAGGUGAAACAAUUUAAGAGAAUUGGCCUCUUUCCAUACAGUCACCUUCUCUUUCUAUCCAUACCUGCCAAAUUCCACAGAGGCAGAUUCUCCUCCUCUGGAUAAUGGAUCUAGACUGAGAAAGGCCUUAGACACCGGAAGUCUAAUCAUCUUUUACAGAUGAGGAAACUGAGGGUCAACUUGCUGGACUAAUUCUCUUUCUAAGGUCUUCACUAAAGUAGAAGCUGAUAGUGUUCUAUAAAUGUAUAAAACCUGAUGACCUGACUUCGGCUCAUAUUUUAAAUUCUGGGUAAUUCCUAAGCACACACCUAGAAUGAUAGUCUAUUCUUUGCCUUUUCACGAUGUUCAAAAUGUUUGAAUAUUCUCAUUUCUACAAUUAAACUCAUCAUUAGUA